AUGAGCUCACCAACUAAAGACCCAUGCAUCGAACAUUCUAUCAUUGUAGAAUCAUCCGAAGAAAGCAUUAACAACAAUACAGAUAAUAAAAAGAAAGUUUCAAGUGUUCAAGAUGUUCGCGAUGGGGGAGGCAUAGACUGUUUUUCUUCGUCGUCUACAACUUUUGGUACGCGAUUACUGAGAAAUAGUGAUGAUGUAUUUAAUCACAAUGCCUGGGAUAAUGUUAUAUGGGAUGAAGAUCAAGAGAAAUACGCGCAAGAGCGAAUAUCGAAACAGUCAAAUAGAUUAGUAACUCCUGAAGACCAAGAGCGAUAUCACGCGGAAGCUGCCGAAUACUGGAACGCUUUUUAUCAAAAGAACGAAAAUAGAUUUUUCAAGGAUCGAAAUUGGCUCAAAAUUGAAUUUCCGGAAUUACACUCAACUACAAUCGCUAAUUCUGGCCCAAAAAGAGUAUUUGAAAUCGGAUGUGGUGCAGGAAACACAUUGUUUCCAUUAUUAACCAUAAACGAGAACACCGACCUUUUUAUUUAUGCAUGUGAUUUUUCGUCGACCGCCGUUGAGGUUGUCAAGAAUAACCCUGAAUUCAAUCCGACGAAUAGCAGAGUCUUUGUAUGGGAUCUGACGAGCACAGAUAUUCCUUCAUGUAUACAACCCGAGUCUAUAGACAUUAUCGUGUUGAUAUUCGUCUUAUCGGCAUUACGUCCCGAAGAGUGGAAGCAGGCGGUAGAGAAUGUAUACAAGAUGCUUAAACCCGGUGGUUUGAUUCUGUUUAGAGAUUAUGGUCGAUAUGAUAUGGUUCAAUUGAGAUUUAAAGAGGGUCGAAUGCUUUCCGAGAAUUUUUACGUACGUGGCGAUGGAACUAGAUCUGAUUGGAUAACUCAAGAGACUCCAGAUGGAGAAAUAUUUUAUUAUAAUGUAAAAACUCAAGAAUCAAUAUGGGAUUUACCAGCAGAUGAUAACGAAUCAGUUACUACAACUCGAUCAACUACACGCGAUAAUUCAUCAGUGCACGGUGGUAGUAGUACGAAUAAUCAUCAUAAUUAUACACAUCGUGCAGGUGAUUCACCUCGUUCAGGAUCAAUUAGUGCGUUGAGACCACCGAGGCAAUUACCAGAAGAUUGGAUACAACAACCAACAGAAGACGGAACCACGUAUUAUUAUUUAAAUACAAAAACACAAGAAAUCCGGUGGACGUAUCCGGGUGGUGGAAGUAAUGGAGACACAAUGUUAGGAAAUGGAAAUAAUAAUGGUGAUGAUAAUAUGGAUUAUAAUGAGCCUUCUGUAACAAUGAAUGGAACAUCGCAUUCAACAGCCAAUAAUAACGUUGUAGAAUCGUCACCAAAUAACUCUGAUGAUAUCGGAGAAAUUAAAGAUGAAGAAGCAAACGAAUCAUUAAGUAGUAACAAUAUAAAUCAUCAUCACCAACAUCACCGUACCAAUUCAUCAAGAGUGGAAGAAGCAGUGGAACAAUACAAACAAGUACGAGAAGAGGAUAAUGAUGAAGACGAUAAAGAAAGUAUUGCAAGUUCAAAAGGAAGUCGAUUGAGUGUUAGUACAUUUGACACAUAUCAACAUCUCAAAAAAGAUGCGAAUGGCGAUGAAAUUCAAUUACCACCAAAUUGGGGCUCAAAAAUGACACCACAAGGUCGAAUUUACUACUUUAAUAAAUUAACUGAUGAAACAACAUGGAGUUUAGAUAAUGUUGAUAUGGAUACUGGUCAAUUACUCACCAGAGAUUAUGGUGAAUACGAAGAUAAUGAUCAUCAUCAUGAAAUUAGUGAUAUUAUUGAUGAACAUCAUCAAAUGAAUAAAUUACAUAUCCAACCAAUGGCAGCAUUACCAACAUCGCCACCGCAAAGACUUGAACGUAUACGAAUCAUGUUAUAUGCUUCUGGAACGGUUGAAAAAGAAUCACCGGCAAUAAGACAAAAUUGUACGCUUAAAAUAUGCCACCGACACAUUUUGACUUCGUUAUCAAAAUUAGUAUUAUCUACAAAAGUUGCUUCGGGUGUUUGGCCACCACCUGAUGCAGCUCAAAAAAUGAAAAAUGAUACUGAUGAAGUUUUAGUGGCUGUAAGACAAUUCAUACAAGCUGCCGAGCAUACUGUCGAAAUAAAACUUGUUGAUCCUCAAAUAUUAGAAAGUGUAAAUGGCGGAGCUUGGCAUGGUAAUAAUUUACCUCCUAAUUAUCCUAAUAAUGGCACGAUAGUGACAAAUGGAAAAUAUAGUAACGGUGUUGCUGUUGAUGAUGAUGAGAAUAAAGGAGAUUCGAUGAACGGGGCACCACAUCACACUAGACCUACUCGAUCAUUAACACCAGAUCUACUUACCUCACUCGAUCAUAUAUCAAGAACAGUCGCGAAAGCGAUAACAUUAUUGCUGAAUCAUAUUCGUAAAACAAUGGCUGCACCCCGGGGCGCAAUUGCGAGUAACGCUGCAUUCGCUCCUCAAUUAAUUGCACAAACACGUCAAGUUGUGACACAAACUGGACAAUUAUUAAAUUUAAUUGAAGAUAUUAAUCUUGAAGAUUUAGAUGAGACAAGUCAAAAUUCGAUUAAGGAAUUCAAAAUUGUUAAACAAGCGUUAUAUAAUAGUAUCGCUGGUUUAGUCAUGUGUACUCAACAUGCCACUGAUCCAUCUACUCCUCAUAAUGCCAUGGAACAAGUUUUAACCUCGACAAAUCUCGUUGAUAAAUCUGUAAAGGAUGUUAUUAUUGCCACGAAAUUUUUAGUGGAAGAAAAAGAUGAACAAGAUCAAAGACAUAUGCAAGCGAGUAUGAAAAGUAGUAGUAAUACAACUGCUUCAACGUUAAUAAUCAAUGACGACAGUAGAAAAUCAAAUGGUAAUGCAGAAGAUCUGUACGAGGACAUAGAUUCGGAUUAUGGUAUAGGCUUACCAACUGUACCCGAGGGUGAUGUAAUUAAUCAACAAUCCAAUAAUAAUAUUGGUG